CGUAUUUGAGUUACCAAGUUUCCUAUCUAGAUAAUAUAUAUUUUUUUUAUUAAUCUGUCUCUCUCGUCAUUUUUAUAUUGUUAUCCUAUAUUUAUUCCUUUUUUUUAUAUAAAUAUAGAAAAAAAAUAGAAGCAGUGUAAAUAAAAAUUACAAAAAUGAAACCGUUAAUGUUACACGGGCACGAGCGUGCGAUAACGAAAAUUAAAUACAAUCGAGAAGGAGAUUUAUUAUUCUCGGCUAGUAAGGAUAAAAAACCUAAUGUUUGGUAUUCGUUAAAUGGAGAGAGAUUGGGUACUUUUAAUGGACACAAUGGUUCAGUAUGGUGUAUUGAUGUUAAUUGGGAUACAACUCGUUUUAUGUCAGGCAGUGGUGACAAUACUUUAAUGAUCUGGGAUUGUGAAACAGGAAAAGUAAUUGGUAAACUCGAUACAAACAGUUCAGUGAGAACAUGUUCGUUCAGUUAUUCGGGAAAUUUAACAGUAUACAGUACUGAUAAAGCGCUUGGUCAUCAAUGUGAAAUGUUUAUUAUUGACACAAGAAAUGUUGAUGCGGGUUUAUCGAGACAAGAUACAAUUCAUAGAAUUUCAAUCGAUGGUCCAAGAAUUUCGGCUGUUCUUUGGGGUGCUUUAGAGGAGACAAUUAUCACAGGUCAUGAGGAUGGUGUCAUUAAUAUUUGGGACGUUACUACCGGCAAGAAAAUAAAUACAAAUAAAGGACAUAAAACGCAAAUUAACGAUAUGCAAAUGAAUAAAGAUGGAACAAUGUUUGUCACUGCAUCAAAAGAUCAUACGGCGAAACUUUUUGAUAGUGAUUCAUUAAUGUUAUUGAAAACAUAUAAAACUGAAAGACCCGUUAAUUCAGCAACGAUAUCACCAAUUCUUGAUCAUGUUGUUUUGGGCGGUGGACAAGAUGCUAUGGAUGUAACAACAACAUCGGCACGACAAGGCAAAUUUGACGCUCGUCUAUUUCAUUUGGUUUUCGAGGAGGAAUUUGCACGUUUAAAAGGUCAUUUUGGUCCAAUUAAUUCAUUGGCAUUCCAUCCAAAUGGACGCAGUUUAUCAACAGGCGGAGAAGAUGGUUACAUUCGAAUCAAUACUUUCGAUCAAUCUUAUUACGAUUUUCAUUUUGAGUAUUAGAAUUUAAUUUAGUGCAAAAAAACCGUAUUAAAAAAUUUAAUUUGUUUCGCCUGGUGCAAAAAAAUAUACCUAAUUUGACUUUUUUUUCCACUUAGUGCAAAAUAAAAUCUGCAAUUUUAUAAUUUAUCUCGGUGCCAAUUUAUUCUUUAUAAUCACAAUAUUUGUAUUUUUAUGAAAAAAAAAAGAAAAUUCUUAUCAAAAAUGUUUUUUUAUAAUAAUAAAUGCAAUAGUGUAAAAGAAA